AUGGCUGUUGGCCUUUCAGAUAGACUGGAAGGCAGGAGACAAUAUUUAAACAAGCUAUGUGUGGAGUGCCUGGGAGUGAAGGAAAUCCUAACUUGGGGAAUUAUUUUAGACCUACAGGUAUCCGAAGAAGUUGAAAAGUUGUCAACCCAUAUAGAAAAUUCCAAAAAGGCCUACAAAGAGCAGAAAUUAAAAUACCAAUCCCUCUUCAGGAAAGUCACAAGAUCUGUUGCUGGCUGGAAACUUUUUGGGAGGAGUCUCUACUACAUUUCAAAUGGGAAAAAGACCUGGUAUGAUGCCGAGAACUUCUGCAUGUCCAGAGAUUCCCACUUGGCCUCCAUCCUAAGUGACGAAGAACAGAACUACAUCACUUCUCAGCUCAGUCAUCCUGCCUGGAUUGGCCUUUCAGAUGAAAAUGAAGAAGGCAACUGGGAAUGGACCGAUGGCUCCAGAUUUAUAACACAGUAUUGGUCUCAUGGCAAACCCAGCGACUCAAAGCACUAUGGAGAAAUGGAGCAAGACUGCACCUCCAUCGUGCCCUCAUCUAGUGAACAUAAUUGGAAUGAAUCUGAAUGCCAUGAACUUCACAGAUGGGUUUGUAAAGAGAGCCUAGAUGUUGAAGAACCACACAGCUGGUGAAAUCUGUUACCUUGUCCAACAUUAGAGUGAAGAUGGAACAUAUUUCAUUUCAGUGUCCAAUUCCAUGGGAAGUCUUUUCUUAAAGUGCUCAGGUGACAGAACCGUUAAUCUAGUUUAACUGUGCAAACCUAACUUCUGCUAUGCGCUUGAAUCCCUCCUGCGAAAUAGUGGCACUCUGGAGACACCCUCAAUUAUAUUUCUGCUAAAAAAGCUAAGGCAAUCUUAGGAUGUACUAACAGGAGCAUAGUGUCCAAAUCACAAGAAGGAAUAAUUCCACUUUAUUCUGCGCCAUCAGACCACAUCUGGCGUAGGGAAGGGGGAGAAUUUUGCUAAAAUCAAACUUGUCACCGGGCUAUCCUAUAGUUUGUACGAUAGCUAUCUUUGUGGAUCAAUCUGCAAGCUUCUGUCGCUUUUCCCAAUAGCACAUUAAAAAACAAACAAGCACAUUGAAUAUAUAUAUAUGUAAUAAUUUUUAGACUACUUUUUAAUUUAUGCAAACCUAUGUAUGUUAAGCAAACCUAGAAAUUGUUCUGUACAACACAACUU